AUGGCGGACGAUGACUACGCACCUGAGGCGCUGGAAGAUGGAGAUAACGAGGAUAAGGAUGACUUCAAGUACGAGCCCUCAAAGCAUGCUAUCAUCGCGCUGAUCGAUGCCAACCCCGCCAUGCUGGAGGCGGCCCCUGAGCCGAUGGAAGAGGACGAUGAGGAGGAGGAGGGCGGCCGGCAAGCGCCGCGCAGCUUCCUGACGGUCGCCGUCGACGCGGUCAGAAGGCUCAUGAAGUGGCGCAUCAUGCACGCGCCCAACGACGAGAUCGGGGUCAUGUUCUAUGGCGCGGUGCGCGCGCGCCACGCCGCGCCGGCCGCCUCACCCCCGCCCUUCUUCCACACCCACCGCCAGGCCAGCGCCAACGUGGACGCUGCCUACGCGUCUGUGUACCAGCUCGCACCCCUGGAGUGCCCGGACGUUGCGGUCAUACACCAUGCCAAAUUUCUGGAGGAGGUGGGCAGCCGCGAGAGCGGGGACGGCGCCAGCGCAGCGGACGACCUGCGCGCGGGGCUGUGGGCGGCGUUCCAGAAGCUCGUCGACCAAACCAAGACGUCCAAGGCCACCCUGCGCCGCAUCUUCAUAUUCACCUGCAACGAGGACCCCACGGAGGGCAACGCGCGCAGCAGGGAGAUGCUGGACCAGCGGCUGGACCUGCUGCACAGCCGCCGCAUAGGGCUGGACGUGUUCCCCCUGCUGGCGCUGUCGAGGCCCUGCGACAUGACGCUCUUCUGGAACCACGCAGCACAGGUGGCCGAGGGGCGCGGCGACGAGAGCGACGGGGAGCGCGACGAAGACGACCCGUCAAGCGGCGGGGGCGGCAACGGCCUGGGUACGCUGCCGCCCUCGAUCAGCCACAGGGACGUGGCGGCCUACCUGGCUUACGUGGCCGCGCGCACGCGCGCGUCGCGGCCCAACGCGCGGCUGGACCUGAUUUUCCCGGGGCCGCCGGCGGCGGACGGGGGCCGGGAGCCGGCCGGGCUGAGGAUCGGGGUCCAGAUGUAUGCGCUGCUGCGGCCGGCCGGGAAGCCAAACAAAGUGCGGGAGCUCGCGCGCUGUCCCUCUUGCCCGUGA